AUGAUGUCGAACUUGUAUGGAGAUUUUAAUCAAAAGAUUGAUUAUGUUUUCAAGAUUGUAUUGAUUGGAGAUUCUGCAGUAGGGAAAUCUCAAUUGCUAGCUCGUUUUGCAAGAAAUGAAUUUAGUUUGGAUUCAAAGGCAACUAUUGGUGUUGAAUUUCAAACAAAGACUCUGAUUGUCGAUCAAAAGACCGUCAAGGCACAGAUUUGGGACACUGCUGGCCAAGAAAGGUACCGAGCGGUGACAAGUGCCUACUAUCGUGGAGCAGUAGGUGCAAUGUUAGUUUAUGACAUGACAAAACGGCAAUCAUUUGACCACAUGGCUAGAUGGCUUGAGGAACUCAGAGGCCAUGCUGAUAAAAAUAUUGUUAUAAUGCUUAUUGGUAACAAAUGCGAUUUGGGGUCUCUUAGAGCUGUACCAACUGAGGAUGCUCAAGAGUUUGCUGAAAGAGAGAACUUAUGCUUUAUGGAGACAUCAGCACUUGAAUCCACAAACGUCGAAAGUGCAUUCAUGACAGUCCUAACCCAAAUAUACCGCAUCAUAAGCAAGAAAACACUAAAUGCAGCUGAUGGUUCUGAAUAUGAAAAGUCAGCAUCUUUGAAAGGAACAAGGAUCAUUGUUCCUGGCCAAGAUUCAGAUCCUGGUGGUAGAAAAGCCGGCUGUUGCAGGUCCUCAUGAUUGUUAUACUUAGAAAUGCUGAACUUUUAUCUUUUCUUCACUUGCCGCUUCAGAUUUAGUUGUUUAGGUAGCAAAGCUUGUUUUGACUGGAAAGUCAAGGUGUAAAAAUGAUAUUUUAGUAACACAUAGGAUGAAAAGUGUAGCAGUAAUUGGAUCUGCCUAAUUCUAUGUAUACAGUAAUUAACUGC